GCCAUGAGGCCGCCACGCGGCAGAGGCUGCCAGCCGGCCACUCCGGGGCCAGGGCCGCGGGCCGCAUCGGCCCACCGGGGUGAGCGCACCUGGGCCAUUGAGCACCAGGCGCCUUGCGACCACGAAUCGAAGCCUCUUAAAAUGGCAGAUGAUUUGGACUUCGAGACAGGAGAUGCAGGGGCCUCUGCCACCUUCCCAACGCAGUGCUCAGCAUUACGUAAGAAUGGCUUUGUGGUGCUCAAAGGCCGACCAUGUAAGAUCGUCGAGAUGUCUACUUCCAAGCCUGGCAAGCAUGGCCAUGCCAAGGUCCACCUGGUUGGUAUUGACAUCGUUACUGGGAAGAAAUAUGAAGAUAUCUGCCCCUCCACUCAUAAUAUGGAUGUCCCCAACAUCAAAAGGAAUGACUUCCAGCUGAUUGGCAUUCAGGAUGGGUACCUAUCACUGCUCCAAGACAGUGGGGAGGUUCGAGAGGACCUUCGUCUGCCUGAG